AUGGAAAGCUGCGGCCUGCCUGCCCCCAUCCAGCCAGGCCAGGACGCCCUGCUCACUGCCUCCGCACGACGCGCCCGGAUGCCCUGGCCCCCUCCUGCCGUCUUCCUCUGCUUCGGUGCCCGGUGCUCGGAGCUGGGCCUGGCCAGGCCUCCCAUGCCCCCUAGCCUGGGCUGCGCCUCAGGACUUGGGGGGUUCCCCCUUGCUCAGCAGCGCUGGGUGCCGGCUGGGAUGGGCAUGGGCACGGGGCUGUGCCCAUGCUCCAGCUCGCACCCACCCUGCAGGGUCCUGGCUGUGGGCCCGGGCCCCAGCCUGGCCCAGCGCCUGGAGCCCCUCCGGGACCAUCUGAGCAUCGCGCGCCUGCCCGAAGUGCUGCCCCAGCUCCGGGCCCUGCUGGCGGAGGAGCACCGCGCCCUGGAGGAACUGGUCACCCACCUCCAGCGCUGCCUGGAGGAUGAGCACCGUGCUGCCACAGGGAGCCCGGAGCCAGAGCCGGAGCCCACAAUGGCGGAGCUGCAGGAGCAGCGCAGAGCCAUGGAGCGGGACCUGCAGCAGGGCCGGCCCGAGCCCGCACCCAGCCACAGCCACAGCCACGCCCGGGGGGCAAAGCCCAGCAUGACCCCGGCCCCCCCAUCACCACCCAGCUGCCCCCCAAGCCCGAGGAGCCCAAUGCCGUACAGAGGAGCUCUCCUGGGGGCCCAGGCCAGCCGGUAG